CCACGAGCUUUCUGGGAAGGAGAAGCUGUAACAUGAAGAUGGUAUGAACUUUGGCAUCGGUUCUGUUCAGACUCUUAAGCUCAACGUUGUCCGUCUAAUAAAUUCUUUCACAGAGUACCUCAACACUUUUUCAUGUUGCUUUAUUAUGUCUUUGACUAAUGGGAAGUCGUUUGUAUUUGGUUUCGUGUUAAAAUUUUCUACUACUCUAUCAGAGGCUAUAAAACAUGCUCAGCUAUAAUUUCUAUGCAGAAAACCUAUACAUUCAGUAAUUGAUGUGUAGAGAUGACUAGCUUGUUUGCGGUUAUGCUUGUCAGUACUUAUUUAACUGCACUAUGUUGCGCACUUGACACCAUUCUUCCAGGUAAAAUUGUUAAAGAUGGAGAUACCAUUGUUUCACAUGCUGAAAGAUUUGAACUAGGAUUUUUCAGCCCUGGUGAUUCCAAGAACCGAUAUGUGGGCAUAUGGUACAAGACUGUCUCCGUGAAAACGGUGGUUUGGGUUGCCAAUAGGAAGGUCUCAGUCAAUGAUACCACAGGUGUAUUAGAGUUGUCGAGUUCAGGAAUCCUCAGCAUUACUAAUAAUACAAAUGGGACUACGAUAUGGUCUACUAAUAGCUCAAGGUCGGUGCUAAAUCCAAUAGCACAGCUUCUGGACAAUGGAAACCUGGUUAUCAGAGAAAAGAAUGAUGACAAUCCAGAUAAUUAUUUGUGGCAAAGCUUUGAUUAUCCAACUGACACGCAUUUACCUGAAAUGAAACUUGGGAUUAAUCUCGUGACAGGUUUUGAAAGAUAUCUUUCUUCCUGGAAGAGUAGUGAUGAUCCUGCUCCAGGAGGGUUUACAUAUCACUUGGAUCCUACUGGAUACCCGCAUCUUGUUUUGAGGAAUGGACCGAUUGAGACGUAUCAAACAGGCCCCUGGAAUGGUGCUCGGUUUAGUGGAAGGCCAAAGUUGAGCCAGAACCGAAUCUACACUCACAGAUUGGUCUAUACCAAAAAGGAAGUCUACUACACUUUUGAGUUACUCAACAGUUCAGUUUUCUCGAGGUUUAUACUGAGUCAAAGUGGUGAAGGUCAGCGCUGGACAUGGGUUUACAGGGCUCAAUCUUGGGAGCUUUUCUUGAAGCUGCCAACUGAUAAUUGUGAUAGUUAUGGAAGGUGCGGAGCCUAUGGUAGUUGCAACAUUGGUAACGGUCCCAUAUGUGGCUGCUUGGAUAAAUUUAUGCCUAAAUAUGAAAAUGAAUGGAAAAAAGCGGAUUGGGGACAUGGGUGUGUGAGGAAGAAACCUCUAAAUUGCGCAAAGCUAGAUGGAUUUCAUAAGUAUUCUCACGUUAAAGUACCUGAUACAAAGUCCUCAUGGUUUGAUGACAGAAUGAGUCUUCGGGAAUGUGAAAGACUUUGCUUGAAGAACUGCUCUUGUAUGGCUUACUCGAAUGUAAAAAUAACAGGUGCAGGGAGAGGGUGUUUGCAGUGGCACGGGGACUUGAUUGAUAUUAGAGAACUCUCUGGAGGAGGUCAAGACCUAUAUGUAAGGGUAGCCUUCUCUGACUCAGAUGAAUCCCAUGGAAAAGAUGGAAGUAAUUUAUUAAUCAUCUUACCAGUAUUGGUGUCAACAUUUUUACUAGUUCUGAUUUCUGCGUGCUGUUUAUGGCAAAGGAAAAAGAACAGACUGUUGAAGAGAUCAGAAGGGAGUCAUGGAAACAAUCAUAUCAGAAAAUUGAGUGUCAAGAGCAAGACACAAGACCUAGACCUACCAUUUCUCCGCUUUAAUGCCAUAUCUUCUGCUACAAACCACUUUGCAUUAAGUAACAAGCUCGGACAAGGUGGAUUCGGACCAGUUUUCAAGGGAAUAUUGCAGGACGGUCAAGAAAUAGCUGUUAAAUGCCUUUCAGAAACUUCCAAGCAAGGAACUAAUGAGUUCGUGAAUGAAGUAAAAUGUAUUGCCAAACUUCAGCAUCGGAAUCUUGUUAGGCUACUAGGAUAUUGUGUUCAAGGGGAAGACAAAAUGUUGGUUUAUGAAUACAUGCCUAACAAAAGCUUGGACUUGCACAUAUUUGAUGAAACACAAAGCAUGUUUCUUGACUGGCCUCGACGUUUCCACAUUAUUGAUGGGAUUGCUCGUGGUCUUCUUUAUCUUCAUCAAGAUUCCCAACUACGAAUUAUCCACCGAGAUCUUAAAGCUUCCAAUAUUUUGCUAGACAAAGAUAUGAAUCCAAAAAUUUCAGACUUUGGUCUGGCUAGAAGUUUUAGAGAAAAUGAAACCGGGGCAAACACUGACAGAGUCGUCGGUACAUAUGGCUAUAUGUCCCCAGAGUAUGCAAUAGAUGGACUAUUUUCUGUAAAAUCAGAUGUCUUUGGCUUUGGUGUUUUAGUACUGGAAAUUGUGAGUGGCAGUAAAAACAGAGGAUUCGUUCAUAGAGAUCAUUGCCAUAAUUUACUUGGACAUGCCUGGAAUUUACAUAGAGAAAACCGGUCUGUUGAACUAAUCCAUGAAGACCUAGUCGAGGACUCACUCCAUAUACAAGAAGUUCUACGAUCAAUUCACAUUGGUCUUCUAUGUGUGCAACAAUCUCCGCAAGAUAGGCCAAACAUGUCAUCUGUGGUUCUAAUGCUUGGAAGUGACGGAGAAUUGCCUGUGCCAACACAACCUGGUUUCUAUGCAGAAAGGAACGUAGGUGAAGGCGAAUUCUUAUCAUAUGCAGACUUUAAUUAUUCAGCGAACGUUAGCAGCAGCUCGCUAUUAGAAGGACGAUAGAGGACACUCAAAGACAUAAUUGUAGCAAUGAA